AUGUCGGGUGUCGGAGAACUCGCCAAUGCGAUACAGAUCAUCACUGGUGCCGUUCACACUAUUCGGCUGGUAUACAAGGCCUACAACGCUAUCAAAGACGUCGAUCAACAGAUAGAUCACCUGAUUUCGAUCUGCAGUCUAGUAGAAAAACACCUGAGCGAGACCCGGAGUCUCCUCCUCCAACGACAAAAAUCUCCAAAUCAAGAUGAAAAACGAAUGGACUACUACAUUUCAGUUGCCCGACUGGUAACAACAGUAGACAAAGAUCUUAAGGAUGUAGAAAGGAGUAUCACACGCCCAGACCGAUUGCCAAAGCCAAAACUACUUGCAAGAUUGCUCCGUUCAAGGCCCUACAAGGCUACUGAUCUCGCCCUUAAUCUGAACGAGAAUGCAAUGAAGCGAAUCGAAACAGCAUCUGUCCAUUUACAAUGGGCAACUUCCAAUCUGUGGAGGUAUGAGAGAGAAAGCCCUGGUGCUGUCGACCAGGAUUACUUCAAUGGCCUUCGAAAUCUGAGCCAAAAAUUUGGCAGCCGUACUUCGACUUUCAGUUCAGAAUUCGAGGUCAUGACGCCGAGCUUGGAUAUUUCCGAUCCAAACUCCAAGGAAAGAGCAGAGGAAUACCUAAGAGACAUUGAACAGUUUAAUGACUCAGCAUUCAAAAUUUUCAACGACGUUAUAAUUCGAACCUUGCAUUCAGGCAGCCAAACUCCUGUUGAAGGCUGGGAACUAUGUCCCGUUAGCGAACAGCCCGCCCUUGUCGAGCCUCCUCCGCUAGAAACCCACGUCACUCUAGAAGAGCUAGAGCUAAGGUUCAAUGAGGCCAAGAAAAUGGCAGAACUAGCUUUGGACCAAGAGUUCCCAGAUGCGGCGGCAAACUACCAUGCUGAAGCCAUUAAGUGCUACAAAGAACUCUCCAAGGCUGGUGGGCCUAGUAUUUCCGUCAAAACUAAGCUUGAGUCGGAUUAUAUUGGUAUUUUGAUCAAAUGCCUUCAAACUGGUCGACGAAGGGAGGGCAUAAAGCGUUUACAUGAUCUUGCAGAGGAAGCAAAGAAAUUGGAAACUGCCAAGCCGCGCCAACUUGACACUUCUGACCUUCACCGGCUGCGCCGAGAUAUCGGUGACCUUUAUUUGAAAUUGCAAAUGUGGGAGCCUGCGGAACACUUCCUUCGUCUUGCAAUUUUUGAGUCAACAUUCUCGCAAAAUUAUCCAAGCAAUAAAGAAGAGGCAAAAUCUAUUGCUUGGGGUAUCAUCCAAGCAUACAAGCACAGCUCGCGUCUUGUUGAGGUGGGGGCUUUUAGAAAAAUGCUUGUUAGCCAUUUGAAGGACGACCCGACAGUAGAGCCCCAAGAAUACCGUGAUACCAUUGCUUGGUGUCGAAAGAACAACUUCGAUGUUGAUGAAAUGAGUACACCACCAUGCUCAAACAAGGUGGACGCAGAUGGAGAUUUCCCUCUCCAUAAAGCUGUCUGUGAUCCAAAUGUCAGCCUGGAAGUAUUGAGGCAGCUGGCAUCGGAUAGGAAUGCGAUCAAUGCCAGAGGGAAGAACAAAAUGACCCCAUUAUUGAUGGCAGUAGAAAGGGGGCGGCUUUCAGCUGUGCAAGUGCUACUUGAAGAAGGUGCCAAUCUUGACCUCAGAACACCUGAAACAGACAUGUUCGAAACUGUGCUUCACGUCUGCAAGGACGUACAGAUUAUGAGGCUUCUUCUGGAGAAAAUCCAAUCGCGAAGGCCUAGUGUGGCUCCGUCGGUAAUCCCACACCAGAGUGAGAGUACAGAAGACCCACAGCGCAUCGAUAUCAACUCACAAAGCCCGUAUAUUGGGACAGCACUUCAUCACGCAUGUGAGAGAGAUGACUGGCCGAUUGUGGAGGUCCUUCUUUUCUAUGGUGCAGAUCCAAAUGCCGAGAACUACAUUCGUGAGACUCCACUGAUAUUGACAUGUUUCAACAAAGGAACACGAAUCUCAACAAAGAAAAUCGUGAGAGCACUACUGAAUCACGGCGCCAACGUCGAUCAUAGAGAUGAUUAUCAAAGACACGCUCGAGAUGGCCUUGAGCAGAAACGGUUUACUCCAUCAGAUAUUCGUAAUUUAUUACAACCUACGGGCUUGAGAAGCGGGAGCUCUAGUCUUCGGAGGGGGACUGAAACGGAUUCAAUGGCAUCUGCGAGACAUCUUUCUAUCGACUCUCUCGGGUUGUUUUCUGAAGCUUCUCGUGAUGGAAGUAGCAGUACUUAG